AUGGAUAAUGAAAAUAUUUACAUUUUUAUUGAACUAUGUAAUGGUGGUGAUUUGAAUGAUAUAGUACAAGACGUCGAAGGUCUCACAGAAGAUGAGGCAAAACAUUAUUUCCACCAGAUCAUUGAUGCUCUUUCCUAUAUUCAUAAACUAGGAGUUGCACAUCGUGAUGUUAAGCUAGAAAAUAUUCUUAUUACGACCGAUGAUGAUGCCAAACUUACAGAUUUCGGAUUAUGCAAGCAACAACGUGGAAACGAUCCCACGUUAACUACAUGCGGUACACUAGUUUAUGCUGCACCAGAAAUCAUUCGAGAAGAACCAUACAAUGGAAUGAAAGCAGAUAUAUGGUCUGCUGGUAUUGUUCUUUAUGCAAUGAUUGCAGCUCAUUUUCCGUGGAUUGUUCCAGAUGAUUUACCACCAGAUAUUCUCAUGAAAGAAACUGCAAAGCAGAUAGCAGAAGGAGAUAUAUCAUUACCCGAUGGAAUUAGCGAUCAACUACAGAAUUUAUUAGGAAAUAUGUUAAAUGUUGAUCCAGAAGAGAGACCAACGGCAGAUGAAAUACUUCAGCACCCAUGGUUUGCUGAUUUGAACGAUCCAGAAGAGUAUGACGAGCAGCCAAAUAAUGAUAUUGUAAAUCUUGUCGAAAACUUGCUUCAUGACCUUGAUAUGAGAAGGGAAAAUGCUAAAAAAGGUAAAUAG